AUGGGGACGGCAGCCAAGCCUACAGCAUCUCUUUUCCUUUCUCCAGACAGAACAAAAGACAGCACGGAGAAGUCACCAAGUGUCUACCGUAAACUGGAGCUGGCUGCUGUGGAAAGACACAUUUUUUGUGGCCCAAGGCAAAAAACCUCAGUCCUUGAGAUUUUUCAGCCAUCAAAGCUAUCAAUGGGGUUUUUCUGGGAAACCGAAAUUCUGGAGGACAGUCGAGUAGGAAGGUGCAAACCAGGCAGCGGAUUCAGUGGAAUGCAGCCGGCGCUGCAGGUUGGCCGGGAAGGUGGCACAGGACGCUUGCUUGGGCCGGUGCAUUUGUCAAAUUCUGACAACGAAAAUGGAAAAGUUUGCAAAGCAGCGCGGCUGCUGGCAGGCGUUGGAGGGAUGUUCCCUGCUCGCAGCUUGGUUUCAUACCCUCGUUUCUCCUCCAAGUGGUGGGUUGGACGUUUCGUGCCCAAUCAUAAGGAUUUUAAAAUACAACGUAACGUGCAUGGUUUUCCUCUCCUGCACUGUCGACCCCAGCCGUACGGGAGCGCGGGUGUUCGUGCCGGUUGCCUGAGGAGCGGCGGCUGCGCCGCGGAGCCCCUCGCCCCCGCCGCCGCCUCGGGGCGGCUCCGCCCCUCCCGCCCUCCAGGGGGCGCUGCGCUGUGGCUGGAAGAAACUUUGUUGAUUAAUUCAAAAUGUAGCAGCAAGAAGGCCACAACUUUACAGACAGUUAGGAUCCCAAGGAGUAAUGUUUUGGACCGAGUACAGAGCUUUUUACCACAGAUGGCCCAUGCAAAUGAUGAGCUAAGAAGAAAAAUGGUAACAGCACCAGCUCAUCAGUUUGAUAUUGAAAAUCUAGACAGUGCAACAGAAAAAGUUAUAGAAAUGAAUGUGGCUGUAGUUGAACUGAGUGAUUCUGAUACAGAUGAAGAGAUACUAACUUCAGAGGAUGACUCGGAAUCUGAAGAUGACUGUGUAACUGAUGAAGUGACAAUAGAAAACAUUAAGUUUCCCAAACAAAAGGGAGAAAAGGGCAAAAUAGAAAUUUUGGACAGCAAAGUGAAUGAGUAAAUCCAUUUUAUUUUA